AUCAGAUAGUUUGAGAAGCACUGCUGUAAGAGACAAUUCUAUAUUUGUUACAUGUUGGUCUUAUUGCAGGCUCUAAAGAAAACUGUCUCCUGCAACUCACAGAACAACUCUUUGACCUGUCGUCCCUGCGAAGUAUGGCAUGUAAAUUGGAUGAGGAAGUACUUCAGGACUUCAUUAGUAUGUACCAAACUUAUAUUUUACGGUGGAUAGAGGAACGGAUGUCACGGAAAGAGACCACCGUAACCAUGAGAGAAUUCUGUGAUAUGUUAACCAGUAAAGGGGCUUCAGAAAAAGAAGCAGCCUUAGCCUUCCAGACAUUUGACACAGAUGGCAUUGGGACAGCAGAACUCCAAGAUAUUGAACAAGAAAUAGAAUCUUCAUCAGAUCAAUCAAAAGGUGUCUUUACCGAGCCAGAGAGAAGCAUCCGGAAGCUGAAAACAACAGCUCUUAUCCAUGGUAAAUUGUACAGUUUGAAAAUUUUAAAGUUUCUUAUCCAGAACCGAGCUCCAAGUUCCUCAUUGAGCUUGCCCAUACUAAAAGGUGUCACAAAUGUUAUGGAUCUCCGGUUGGCUUUGGUGAAGUCAUCCUUCAAGUCCAUGGAUGUUUUAGCAUCUGAUGAAUUACUGAGAAAUGGAGAAGAAGUUCAGCAGGUACAACGCUGUAUCUGUUCCAUCGAGGUCUCCACAAACACAUCAAAUAGUGAACGUCUUUUGAACGGCAAUACUUCUUCCUAUUGGCAAUCAGAUGGAACUUGCAGAUCUCAUUGGAUCAGAUUAAGAAUCAAGAACAAUGUAGUAAUAAAACAGCUGUCCAUGAAUGUGUCAUCACUAGACCAAAGUUAUAUGCCACAACUGGUCUCUAUCUCUGUUGGCAAGACAACCAGUCUGCUGAAAGAAAUCAAAGAACUGAGGAUUCCAAAUCAUGUGAAUGGUGAUUAUGUUCUGAUUGAGAAUCUGACCACAUAUUUCCCAAUUAUCCAAAUCAACAUCAAGCGUUGCCAUAGCGACGGAUGUGACACCAGGGUACAUGGGGUCAAAGCUGUUGGGUACCGAUUACGUGCUAAAGAUCCUGGAUUAAGUGUAGCGGAUGCUUCUGCAGUUUGGUUUAUCCAGCUUCUCUCAAUGUGGAUCACAUCGGUGAUGCCCAAUGACAAGACUUUGAAGCGGAAGAUUCUUUUGAGAACAAGGAGUGCUCUCACUCACAUGCAACCAUUAUCAUUGUCACAAGCUAGCAAUGAAAGACCGUACUUCCUCAGUAAAAAUGUACUCAAAGAAGUGGAUAACUUCCUCACUGAUGUCGUCUUUGACAGCACAGGCCGUGUUGUACCUGCUGACCUGGACAUUCUUCUUAGCUUUAACAUGGCUCGUGGAAGCGUUAAAGGACUAAUCAGCACAAUCAAAGUAUUACAAAAUUUUCCUGAUCUGAGUUUAUCUUGCAAUCAACUGAUGACCAAAAUGAUAAAAUCGAAAAACACAGCUUUGGAGAAGCAAUCCAGUUCUUUCUACUUGCCAUUGUGUGGUUGCGAAGGAGGACAACUAGAAGACAAAUCAAAGCAAAACAGCAACAACAGUAGCAGCAGCAGCAAUACUACGAAUCUACGAAGCAUUCAAGUUUACCUUACGGAAGGCAGGAAAAGUGUUGACCUCUUCUUCAAGGCUCCUGAUUUCGUUACCUUAACGAAGUUGAUGAUCAAGGUAAUCAGUGGUUCUCGUGGUUCCAGACAAGGAUUGGUGUUUGUCUACGGUGAUCAAAAUGAUUUCUGUCAAGAUGACCAUGUUAGUAAAUACUCAGCCUAUGAUGAAUGGACCCAGCAGGAUAUCCAGUCUCACUUGGCUCAGGAGCUGAGUGUACCCUAUUCAGAAAAUGAUCCAGUGGCUGCCUUUCAUUUUGAAGACACCUGGGACGAGUUGGAAAUUCCAGUUCUUUGGUAUCCAGAAGGAAAGUUUGUGUUAGUGAAGUUUUUGGAGCCUCGAAGUGACACCAGUGGGAAACUGGGUGUGAAGUCCAUACAGUUCUCUGGUUUCCACAAAAAGAUUACCUUCUCAAGAAUGCUACCUCCACAACCAUUGUUUAAUCCAAAGAAAGAAUUGGUAACUGUCAAUGAGAUACAGACUCUCAUUCUGAACUUCCUGAUAGAUUUGGCACAAGUGCAGUUCAGCACCAAAAAAGUGAACCGACUUGACGUGUUAGAUGUCGAUGACAUACCAGUCCAGGACAUUUGGAAUCUUUUCCGCAUUUAUAUAAAAGAGGAGAACUUUGAAAAAGCUGGUGCUUUGAUCCGACUCCUUCAUUGUCUCUUACCCGUCAUGACAUCACUGAAUGAAGAUCAAAAGGCUGCCAUUGUAGACAUGUUCCACUAUUUAUGUCAGACUUUGGACAAUCAAUGUGACAACACGAAUCCUAUGUACAAAAUGAUCCGACAACUGAUUUAUGAUGGUGCUGCAGUGUUUUUCCCAGACAAAGAAUCCCGUGGCAGUAAACUCCUCAAUUUGAUGGAUGAUGUUGAGAAAUUAAUUGAGAAGCCGUCUGUCCAACUUGUCUUUCAAUCCCUCUGUCAGUUCUACACUACAGCUGAUCCAAUGAGUUUGUUAUAUUUGCCCAGUGGGAACCUAGACAAAGCUGAGAAUUUUGACAGCCAGAAGACAUUAGCCUUACUGGAGAAUCUGAUAUCUGUGAUAUACCGUGACCUUUGUGAUGUGGUCAACCGAAAUUCCACCAAUGACCAGUUACUGCCCCUCCACAAUCUCUUCAGUUCGCUGCAGGCCACUGUCACCUACUGGUGUUGGCAACACUUGAAUUCAAAUGACGAGAACAGCAAGGCCAUUGCAAAGCAUAUCUUCCUCAGAUUUUCCUUAUCAAUUGCUCAAAAGGUAGAAGAGGCCUUUCAGUUCCUUCUGGCCAAAAAAGAGGAUGUGAUUGAAGUCUUACCAAAGCUGGAUAAACUAUUCCCUUCGUUACCAUUUCGACAGUUGUUGAUUUUGCUGAGUUCCACCAUCGAGGUACUGGACCCAGAGUCACGCUGUUUACUGUUGCAGCACUUCAAACCGAUUCUGCUUCAACUCCGACAAUUGUCUCUGGAACUGCAUGAGCUUUUCCCUGACCUUUCUCACAACUUUUGGGUGAAUGAGAACAAAGAUGAUGUCAUCUUGAAGGUCUGGCAAGUGGAGUCACCUAGUUGUUAUGACAGUAAAGAGCAGAUAUCUCAGGUUUUCCUUUGUCCAGGAGCCUCCAAAAUGGUUGUGAACUUUGACAGCUGCUGUGAGACUGAAAGCAGAUUUGACUAUCUUCAGUUCAAGGACAGUGCAGGUAAAUCUUUCCGUUUCCACCACAAAGUAGGUAUGGCAGACUGGCCGAAUACGUUCACCUUCGAUGGAUCAUCACUGUAUUUCAACUUCAAAUCGGAAACUGGUAAAACAGACUGGGAAUACAAGUUUCGAGUGACCGCUCGUGGAAGUGCUGAUACCAUUCUAACAUGGCCCUAUGAUAUGCUGCUCUUGCUGACCAAGUUUUUAGGCCAAUUGUGUGGGUCAACUAUGUCAGCGAACCCAGUGACUGGUAAAACCCCAAUAAUUUUGUUGUUUGAUGAAACCUCAGAAGAUCUGUGUGACAGUGCUCUGUGGACAACGAUAUUUCGUGGAGGUUACGUGACACCUAUCAUCCAAAGAUCGCUCUCUGGCAACUAUUCAACCGAUUCCAAUCCAGAUGUGCUCCAUCUAAUAAAUAACAUGAAUUCAGCCUGGAAUUGGGCAGACCAACCUGGACUUGGACAGAUAUUGUUAAAACGCUGUCGAGAACAUUGCAAACCCCAACAGAUUGGAGGCAGUGAGUUUGACCAAACUAUUACUGCUGUCUUUUCUGCAUUGCUCUGGCACCAUCAAGAUUUGAGGGAAGAACUGGAGAAUUUCAGUAAGUGUUAUUCCAAAUAUCUGUUUCUCAUUGACUGUAUGAGUGAAAGACAGAAGAUAGCUGUUGAAGCUGACAAAGCCCCAUGGUCUUCAGCAGGUGUUCAAAACCCUGUUCAAGCCUGCCAAGAAAAAGCCCUGUUUUUAUUGAAGUUCACUGGCCUCAAUAAGUACCAACUGAAGGGGAAUAUGUCCAGUUCUGAUGAAUCAUUCAAGUUGGUCAUGGAAUUUAUCGAAAAUGAUAAAUGGUCAAUAGACAAGGUGAAGAAAAUGUUGAAGGAACGGUCGGAAUAUGCCCAAGUAUUGGGGGAUAUCUACAACUUUAUCUGUGAAUUUAUUACGAAGAUGAGCGACCAAGGUGAUAUUCUACAGAUUCCAAUAAUUGUGUUCCUGCAAGAGUUGCUGUCUCAUCAGACGACUUCGCUGCAUUGUUGUCAAGCACUGGACGGCUGUGGUUUAGAACUUGAAAACAAGAUCCGAGACGCUUUCUACAAACUUGUUGAGAAGCUGUUGGAGGCUUUCUACGUCUGCAAGAAGCAGAAACUAUCACGUGUAAAAAACCAAGCAUUCAAUUGCUAUCAAGCUUUCUUGCUCCACAUCCUGGACAUCCAUUGGCAGAUGAACGAUCUAGUCUUUCUAACAAAGACAGACUUAGCAACUUUCCUUUUCAAUAUGGCAAAAGACAAUAUGAUCACAAAGAACUGUCAGGUUGAUUAUAUAGACGAGACUGAAGAACUGGAAGAGUACAAGAGACACAUGAAACUGUUGAAGAAGAUCGACAGACAAGAUGUUAUGCACAUGUAUGAGGUGAAGAAAGGUGCAGAGAAAAAGGAUAUGGUGAUUUUUAUGUCCAAAUUCUCGAUGCUUCUGGAAAUGCAGUUUGAAUGCAACAGUUGCCAGAAGAUCGUACACAGCCACUAUAAAUGCCUUCAGUGUUCUGCCCUUGAUUUUUGUGCCUCGUGUAUAACUGGAGGUUGGUAUUCCAUCAUCAGAAUGACUAGUUAUCACUGUGAUGUUUGUAACGGUUAUAUUAUGGGGACCAGAGUUCAAUGUGUUGAAUGCAGCUACCAUGUCUGUUUCGGAUGUUACAAGCUUGGACAGGUUCCUUCGCCCCACAAAACUAGUCACAAAGUCAAAAUCAUUCCUCGCCUCAAAUCAAAGUCCAUUGUGAUAGAGACCUACAUACAACAACAUGCCUGGCUCCUAUAUAGCUGCCUGGCUCUGCAGUUAAACAGGAUGACGCACCAGCCUGCUGACACAUGUGGGAUCCGGUACCACGAAUUGGCUGUUAAUCUCAACAACAACUGUAUCAACAUGGUCCUAAAUGACCUCCUGAACGGGUUCAGUGAGGACGAAAUGAACUUCUUGAAAGAGCCACUGUUGAUGGAGACAUGCGACGAACAGUUUUUCUCCAGUCACAUCCACUUCAAACUGCUCUCCCUGCUCGGUACAUUGUUCUCAGGAAACUCUAAAUCAACGAUAACUGCCAACAAAAGUGAAAAUAUGAGCCUCGAGACCUUCACACAUUUCUUGAAGACCAUGCUGAAAAUAUCAUUCAUUGACACCAAUUACGACAGCACAACCCGGUUUAUGGCAACUGGGCUGCUAACACGUCUCCUCUGUAGAAGCUCCCUCAAGUGUGCUGAUGAAUCGAUAGAAUCCCUGGCUGGUGAUCUCCCAGACUUCCCUUCUGCUACAGCAAAGGUUGGCGAGAAAAUGAUCAAUUUCCUUCUUCACCAAGGUGCCUGUAAUGUUGAAUAUGGAAACACGCAACAAGCGUGCACAAUUGCUUGUAUGAUACAAAAGCUGAACAAGACUGAACAGUGGAACCCGGUGGUGGUUAACUGCCUCUAUGAGUGCAUCUCACCACUCUUUGAGAAGCUUGCUUCAAAUCCUGAAGGUACCCCACUGGUUUUAUUCUGCAUGUUUGUACUGACAGGAUUCCCUCACAUUCCGUCCAUAGGCUCAUUAAUUCACUACAGUUGGAAUGGUCAGAAGGAGAAACCUGGAAUUGUACUGAAAACUUACUGUGAAAAACGUCAGACACUGAUUGCUGAUGUGGUUAGCAAGAAGGUGCACUGUGUAGAUGAUGACAGUUUUUCAGUCGUUAACGAGGGCAUUGACAUAUCCAGGUGUGAACACAAAUUCAUUGAACUCGUUAUUAAUUUAAUAAAACAAUUGUGCAAAAUUUUCAAGGACAAAAAGAAACUCUGUAUGGAUCUCACCUGGGUAAUGGCUUUGUUACAAAAACUUCUCUACCAAAUCUUCACCAAUCUUAGUGCUCUCUUUGUGAAAGAUGUUUAUGAUCCAGCGCUAAUCCAGUGUCUUGUGGAUCUUGCCAGUCAGGGUACUGGACUCAGUAAACAAUGGUUACUCAAAGACUUGGAGUUGUUGAUGUUGCUGCAAUAUAUGACGAAAUCUAACUCCAUCCACAAUGCCAAGAAAGCAAGCCAAAAGUCCCCGAAAUUUGGAGGCAUGGAAUCCCAGAGUAGACAGUUGCAGGACAUAGAUAUCCCAGAUGCAAGCAGUGUGAAAGUUGAGAAACUUGUACUCGCUGACUUAUCAGACAUAGAAAAUACACACCCAUUCCAUCAGACAGACUCCUUUGAAGUUAUUGUCGAAAAUUUCUUAUCCAAGAAAGCUGAAGACAGUUCUUCGACUGACCCCCUGACCUCCUCUGAUGACAUCUUACCAACCUCCAGUAAUGACCAAACAAUAGAUUCUGGGGUUCAAUUCUUGGAAUUCAAAGGAAUCAAAGAAGUUUUGACAAGCUGCACCACAGAAGAAGUGCCACACUGUUUCGAAGACCUGAUCACGCUGCCAGACGAAGUUCAGAAUGACAUUGAACAAGAACGGCACAAGAAGAGUGCUGAACUGUUGCAGAAGGAACACAAGAGCCGUGUGUCGGACAGCUACCUGCUUCAGCUGACCAGAGCCAUUGUUGUUCUCUACUCUCGCCAGUUACUUGUGUCUUUACUCUCUGCCUGGCCAGAUGAUGUUGCACCAGUCGAGGCAAAACUCUUUGGGGUUUCUGAUGGUCACCAAGUAUCUUGUAUAUUUGAUCUUUUACAUGGUGUACUGCCUAAAAAGGUGACUGACCAGGCCAUCGAGAAUGGCACGAAGCGUUGUGAUCCGGCCUUGUUACCUGAAGUGGCGCUGAUGGCCUGCCAAUUCUUGGAAGAAGACAACGAUGUCGUAAUCUGCCGCGAGUCAAAACACAACUACGACAACAACACAAAAGAGGAGGAGAAGAUACAUGUUCCAGGGGCUUCCUACCUCACUGUCACAUUUGAUAACAUGUGUUCCACUGAAGAAGGAUGUGACGAGCUGGAAUUUUCAACAACUCCAGAUUUCCAAAACAAUGUUCAUGAGAUCAGUGGUGUGUCUCGAAGCAACUGGACGUCGUUUCAAGUUCCAGGUGACUCUCUGUAUUAUAACUUCACCAGUGAUUCUGAGAACACAUUCUGGGGUUACAAAUUCACUGUGGUUGCUGGCUUCAGGGACCGGUUCACCACUGGCUAUUUGAUCCUGCGUACUCUGCUUUUCUCCGAUCUAUCGAGAUCUUUACCUAUUAAAGACAUCUGGGCCCACCUGGUCCAUGUUGCUUGUAAGCAAACUCAUGUGAAACGAUUAAACACCAUCUUCCUACUCCUGAGAAUACUCCAUAUUCAAUUAGAGCAUCCAGAAAACAAGAGUUUGAUCAACUUGACACUUCUCCGUCCACUCUGGAAGCUGUAUGUAUCACUCAGCCAAACUACAUCCCAGCAACCAAACCAGCAACCUCUACCGAUUCAAAGAGCUCUCACCGAACUCUUCUUACAUACCGAAAAUCUUGCAGUGGAAUGGGACAUCAAAGAGGAAUACCUGCUCGCUCUGCAAGAACCCAAAGAAAUCCUGGCGAAAGUCUUUCAUGUAAGUUCAUCCCCAAAGAAUUUGUCUUUCUAUUAUAGUUCUUUUGAUGUUAGAUGGAACAGAUAUCAGGGGAGUAUCAGGUAAAUAA